AUGGAGGGAUUAGAGGUACAAGAUUCAGCCAUGGCAGCUUCACCUUCUUCAUCGAGUAGGUAUACAGUGGCACCCAAUAGGUAUUCAAGCGAAGACAUACUGUUCUGCAUCGAUGUAGACCCAGAAUCCAUGGUGGAGAUGAAGUCUGUUGGAUCCAAUGGCAGGCCCUUUACCAGAUUGGACAUUAUUAAGCAAGCAAUCCUUCUGUUUGUCCACUCUAAGCUCACUAUAAAUGCUGAUCAUCGUUUCGCCUUCACUGUUUUGGGGAAAACUGCUUCCUGGCUUCGGAAAGAGUUCAGCAGUGAUGUUGACUCUGUGUUAUCAGCAUUCCGGGGGCUUUCACUUGAUACAUCCUCUGGUCAAGCAGAUUUGACACAACUAUUUAGGAUAGCAGCUCAUGAAGCGAAAAAAUCUCGCUUGCAAAAUCGAAUCCUGAGAAUUGUACUAUUGUAUUGUAGGUCUUCAGCACCCCCGCAUCAUCAGUGGCCAGUCACUCAGAAACUCUUCACUUUGGAUGUGCUCUACCUGCAUGACAAGCCUGGACCUGAUAAUUGUCCUCAGACGGUCUACGAUGCUCUUGUUGAGGCCCUCGAACAUGUCAGUGAAUAUGAGGGCUACAUAUUCGAGAGUGGUCAGGGGCUUAGCCGUGUCAUCUACCGUUACAUGUGUAUACUAUUAUCUCACCCUCAGCAGAGGACUGUACAAGAAGAUAUUGGCAUACCUAAACCUCUCGUGAAGAAGUCUGCAACUGCUGACGUGCCAACUGAUGAUACAGCUCCCAUGUCCAGUCAGUAA